AUGGAUUACAAGAACAAGUCUGAUGAGAAUGGUAAUGUUACAAGGAGUAAUGGAUACAAAAGAGGAGGAAUAUAUAAAACUCUAUUUAUGAAGAAUUAUGGAGGAAAGCUCAUGAUAGACCAAAUUUAUGUUGAUGACAUAGUAUUUGGUGGGAUGUUAGACCAGAUGGUGAAGCAUUUUGUCCAACAAAUGAAGUCUAAAUUAGAAUUGAGUCUAGUAGGAGAGCUUACUUACUUUCUUGGUCUACAAGAGGAAGAAAACAUUUUUGUAUCUCAAAGAAAGUAUGCUCAAAGUAUAGUGAAGAACUUUGGCCUUGAAAAUGCAAGUCACAAGAGAACACCUACUGCAACUCAAGUGAAAAUAACCAAAGAUGAAAAGGGUGUUGAUGUUGAUCAAAGUUUAUACAGAAGUAUUUUCUACCUCACAACAAGAAUAUCUAACAUCGGUUUCUAUGUAGGUGUUUUUGCAAGAUAUCAAGCAAACCCCAAGGCUAGUCAUCUCACUCAAGUGAAGACAAUUUUGAAGUAUGUAAAUGGGACAUGA